AUGGCUGCCACAGCUCCAGACAUCCUGUCCUUACACAGUAGCAUCCCAAGCAGGAAAGAAGAGGAACAGCAGCACAAAAGGCCUUCUCACUUGCCUCUCUCUGGACAGAGAGAAAAAUCUGUUUCCCACAGGCUCUCAGUAUACUGCCCUAUAUUGCUCAACUUAGAAGGUUUUGACUCCGUGGUAUCAUCUACUGAGAAACUCAGUCAUCCGACCACAAGCAGACCAAAAGCUACAGGGAGGCGGCCUCCGUCCCAGUCCCUCACAUCUUCAUCCCUUUCAAGCCCUGAUAUCUUCGACUCCCCAUGUCCCGAAGAGGAUAAGGAGGAACACAUUUCACUUGCGCACAGAGGAGUGGAUGCGUCAAAGAAAACUUCCAAGACUGUUACCAUAUCCCAAGUGUCUGACAACAAAGCAUCCCUGCCGCCCAAGCCAGGGACCAUGGCAGCAGGUGGCGGUGGGCCAGCCCCUCUGUCCUCAGCGGCGCCCUCCCCCCUGUCAUCCUCUUUGGGAACAGCUGGACACAGAGCCAACUCCCCGUCUCUGUUCAGCACGGAAGGAAAACCAAAGAUGGAGCCUGCGGCCAGCAGCCAGGCGACCGUGGAGGAGCUAAGGACACAGGUCCGCGAGCUGAGGAGCAUCAUCGAGACCAUGAAGGACCAGCAGAAACGAGAGAUUAAACAGUUAUUGUCUGAGUUGGAUGAAGAGAAGAAAAUCCGGCUUCGGUUGCAGAUGGAAGUGAACGACAUAAAGAAAGCUCUACAAUCAAAAUGAAUACUUGAUCAAUGAAAUGUCACAUUAUUCAUCCUGAGUCCGAGACUCAAAUUUUCUGCCCCAGCCAAAAUAAUCUUGUGCCAAAAGAUUAAAGGU